UUCUUGUUCUGUUUCCCAUCCUUAUUCACUUCAUAAAAAUCUUAUCAUCUCAAUUCUAUCUUUCUUUCAAUUAUUAUCAGAGUAACAAAAGGCUUUGAAAAUAUGGGAGGAGGUGGCACAGAAGCUUUUCCAGAUUUGGGUAAACACUGCCAGCAACCAGAUUGUUAUCUAAUGUCAAAUAUCUUUUUUUCUUUGGUAUUCUGUUUGGAACACCGAUCCUACAUGUCCCAUUCUUGCCCCAAGUCCGACCACAACAGCAGAAAAGUCAUAAUUUGUGAAACAUGUUCGAUUUCUAUUGAGACUACAGGACAUGGAGGACAGGACGAGGAGGCCAUCUUGAAGAAGCACCAAAACUCAGGAACUUGUGACCCCCAAAAUAAGAAGAAACCAAUUUGCCCUGUAAAGCGUUGCAAGGAGGUUCUAACCUUCUCAAAUUCCAGUACGUGUAAAACUUGCCACAUUAAGGUGUGCCUCAAGCACCGUUUUCCCGCGGAUCAUGCUUGUGGUAGAGCAGCGUCGAGUCCAGUGUCAGUGUCGGUUACGGCUCCUGCUUCUGCUAGUGGAUGGUGGAAUAACAAGUUCUUGGCCGCUUUCGCCUCGAGGACCGAACAAGAGUGUGGCAAGAGUGGGGGAGGUAGUUCUGCUUCAGCUCCUAGAAAUCCUUCUGUUAAGGCAUACUGAGACAAGGAUUAUAGAUUGGAAAUUUAUUCGUUCUUAUGUGACCAUGUAAUGCUUUAGUUUUUAUGGCAUGGAAUGAAAGUGGUGCUUUCAUGUA